CGGCGACCAUCCGUCAGGUGAGCGCGCGGAGCGGAAUAUUCAUCAGCACCGUCGUCGUCUUUCAUCCCUCCGCUCGUGGACUCCAGCAGCCCGGUCCCCCCUGUGUCCUCUCAUCCGGUCCGGGACAUUCUCCGCUCCACGCACACGCAGAUUAACGGGGAUUCUGCCUCCCCGCUCGCGCGCUGAUGCUGAUGUCCUUGAGCUCGGCCUGCACGGUCCUGGUGGUGCAGAAGUAGCUACCUCUGAACUGGAUCCACUUCCUGUCUCCAAUUUAUCAGCUGCCUUUGCCUUGCUCACCCCUCUCUCCAUCCGUCCAUCGUCUCUCCAUCGCCGUCUGUGAGUCUGUCAGCCUGUCCGCUCGUCUGUCCAUGGACUGGCCGUGACCCUGGAGGGAGGGGGACAGAAAAGAGGAAAGAGCGGAGUCGCAGAGGAGACGAGGGAAAGAAAAAAGCUGGAUUCAUUCAGACAUCACGCUUCUGAAGUGCCCCUGCUUGCUAUCCUUGAUCCCCCUCAUCCCCCUCCUCCUCCUGUUAUGGAGAAUUAAAGGAGCAGCGGGAGGCUAGGCCAAUAGUGAGGAGAAAAAACAUAAACCACCAGCGACCCCUCAUUGCCCUCAAAUGAAAUAAAAAAGGGUUUAGCUGUACCGUUAUAAUCUCACAUUUUAAGUACAAAAUCAAGCAAACCAAGAUUCUGAUUGCACAUGAACAACCCUCCACCAACCAAACAAAAGAGGAACUGAGUUGAGGACGGACUAGGAGAGAAGGGAGGACCAAAACAGAGAAGAACCGUACUGACAUGUCAACAACUGCCACUAUGGGUGAAAUGGCAAACAGCGCGGUGGAGUUUUACCCCAAAGGGGCGCGAGGCACUGGCUCAGUUGGACGGGCAGAAGGCAGCCAAGCAGGGGGAGAGUUUGGGGUCACGGUGACAGAACUAGCGGAGCUGAUGGAGCUCCGAGGGUCCGAUGCCCUGCAGAAGAUCCAGGAAAGCUUUGGAGACACAGAAGGGCUCUGCCAGAGACUACAGUCCAACACCACGGAGGGUCUCAGUGGCGACCCGGCAGACAUUGAGCGUCGGUGCCAAGUUUUCGGCCCAAACUUCAUCCCCCCGAAGAAGCCCAAGACAUUCCUGGAGCUGGUGUGGGAGGCCUUACAGGAUGUCACACUCAUUAUCUUGGAGGCUGCUGCCAUCAUCUCCCUCGGACUCUCUUUCUAUCAGCCUCCAGGAGGUGAUACCGAAGCAUGCGGUGUAGUGCAGGGGUCUUCAGAGGAUGAAGGUGAAGGGGACACCGGCUGGAUCGAGGGCGCAGCCAUCCUACUGUCUGUCGUGUGUGUUGUCCUUGUGACGGCGUUUAAUGACUGGUCCAAAGAGAAGCAGUUCCGGGGUCUACAGAGUCGGAUCGAACAAGAACAGAGGUUCGCCGUUGUGCGUAAAGGAAAUGUCAUACAGAUCCCGGUGGCUGACAUGGUGGUGGGGGACAUGGCCCAAGUCAAAUACGGGGACCUGCUGCCAGCUGAUGGUGUGUUGGUCCAGGCCAACGAUCUGAAGAUAGAUGAGAGCUCUCUGACAGGAGAGUCUGACCACGUAAGCAAGUCAGUGGACAAGGACCCCAUGCUGCUCUCAGGUACCCAUGUGAUGGAGGGCUCAGGCAGGAUGCUGGUGACAGCUGUGGGAGUCAACUCGCAGACAGGCAUCAUCUUCACCCUGCUGGGGGCUGGAGAGCUGGAGGAGGAAGGGAAGGAUAAGAAAGGAAAACAACCCGAUGGAGCUGUGGAGAACAAUCAGAACAAAGCCAAGAAGCAGGAUGGGGGUGUUGCCAUGGAGAUGCAACCCCUGAAAAGUGCAGAGGGAGGGGAGGUGGAGGAGAGAGAGAAGAAGAAGACCAGCGUUCCAAAGAAGGAGAAGAGUGUGUUGCAGGGCAAGCUCACCAAACUCGCUGUUCAAAUUGGCAAAGCAGGUUUGGUGAUGUCGGCCAUUACUGUCAUCAUCCUGGUGCUGUACUUCGUCAUCAACACAUUUGUUGUUGAAGGUCAAUCAUGGUUGGCAGAGUGUACUCCGCUGUACGUCCAGUACUUCGUCAAGUUCUUCAUCAUCGGUGUCACUGUGCUGGUGGUGGCUGUUCCAGAAGGCUUACCUCUGGCUGUGACCAUCUCUCUGGCUUACUCUGUCAAGAAAAUGAUGAAGGACAACAACCUUGUGCGUCACUUGGAUGCAUGUGAGACCAUGGGUAACGCCACAGCCAUCUGCUCUGACAAGACGGGCACCCUCACCACCAACCGCAUGACGGUGGUGCAGACCCACAUAGGUGAUGUGCACCACCGCCAAGUCCCGGACCCUGGACAGAUCAGCCCCCGGACACUGGAUCUGUUAGUCAAUGCUAUCGCUAUCAACAGCGCCUACACCUCCAAGAUCCUACCGCCUGAUGUGGAGGGGGGUCUGGCUAAGCAAGUGGGCAACAAGACAGAGUGUGGCCUGCUGGGAUUUGUUCUGGACCUACAGCAGGACUACGCCCCUGUCAGAGAGCAGAUCCCUGAGGAGAGGCUGUACAAGGUGUACACAUUCAACUCAGUCCGUAAAUCCAUGUGUACAGUGAUCAAGCUGCCUGACGGAUCCUUCCGCCUCUAUAGCAAAGGAGCGUCUGAGAUCAUGCUGAAGAAAUGUUCCUACAUCCUGGACGCCGCUGGAGAAGCACGCACUUUCCGCCCACGUGACAGAGAUGAGAUGGUGAAACAGGUGAUCGAGCCUAUGGCCUGUGAGGGGUUGAGAACCAUCUGCAUAGCAUACCGUGACCUGCCGGGUAAUCCGGAGCCAGACUGGGAAAACGAAGCUGAAAUAGUGACGGAGUUGACCUGCAUCUCUGUGGUGGGGAUAGAGGACCCUGUGCGGCCUGAGGUACCCGAUGCCAUUCGUAAGUGUCAGCGCGCAGGCAUCACUGUGCGGAUGGUGACUGGAGAUAACAUUAACACAGCGAGGGCCAUUGCUGCUAAAUGUGGCAUCAUCCACCCCGGGGACGACUUCAUCUGUAUAGAGGGCAAAGACUUCAACCGACGAAUCAGGAACGAGAAAGGAGAGAUCGAACAGGAACGCAUUGACAAAAUCUGGCCCAAACUCCGUGUGUUGGCUCGAUCCUCCCCAACAGACAAACACACACUGGUCAAAGGAAUCAUCGACAGCACGGUGUUAGAGCAGAGGCAGGUCGUCGCAGUAACAGGAGAUGGAACCAAUGACGGACCAGCUCUGAAGAAGGCUGAUGUUGGCUUUGCCAUGGGUAUUGCGGGGACGGAUGUGGCUAAAGAAGCGUCUGACAUCAUCCUGACUGAUGACAACUUCAGCAGCAUUGUUAAGGCGGUGAUGUGGGGCCGAAAUGUCUACGAUAGCAUCUCCAAGUUCCUGCAGUUCCAGCUCACAGUCAACGUAGUGGCUGUCAUCGUGGCCUUCACCGGGGCCUGCAUCACUCAGGACUCUCCUCUGAAGGCGGUGCAGAUGCUGUGGGUGAAUCUCAUCAUGGACACGUUUGCUUCUCUGGCUCUGGCUACUGAGCCCCCCACUGAGGACCUGUUGUUGCGGAAACCCUACGGUCGGAACAACCCGCUCAUCUCACUGACCAUGAUGAAGAACAUCCUGGGCCAUGGAGUGUACCAGCUGGUCAUCAUUUUCACCCUACUGUUCAUAGGCGAGCACAUCUUUAACAUCGACAGCGGCCGCAACGCUCCGCUCCACUCCCCGCCCUCUGAGCACUACACCAUCAUCUUCAACACCUUCGUCCUCAUGCAGCUCUUCAACGAGAUCAACGCUCGCAAGAUCCACGGAGAGAGAAACGUCUUUGACGGCAUAUUUGCCAACCCCAUCUUCUGCACCAUCGUUGUGGGAACCUUCGCCGUGCAGAUCGUGAUUGUGCAGUGGGGAGGAAAGCCCUUCAGCUGUGCUCCUCUCAACGUGGAGCAGUGGCUCUGGUGUCUAUUCGUGGGGGUCGGGGAGCUCCUGUGGGGGCAGGUGAUUGCCACAGUGCCAACGGAGCGGCUGCCAUGCCUGAAGGAGGCGGGGAUGGGCCUGGAGCCCGGGGAGGAGGAAGGGGAGGAGAUGGCCGAGGAUGAGGAGGAGAUCGACUGUGCUGAGAGGGAGCUGCGCCGCGGACAGAUCCUCUGGUUCAGAGGCCUUAACCGUAUCCAGACCCAGAUGGAGGUAGUGAGCACGUUCAAGCGAAGCGGUUCGUUUCAGGGAGCGGUGAGACGGCGCUCCUCCGUGCUCAGUCAGCUCCACGACGUAAACACUAUCUCUACCCCCUCUCACGUAGCUCUCUCCACCGCAACAGCCAAUACCAGCCCAGCCCCCGGGAAUGCGAGUGGUGAAAGCAUUCCGUAGUUCGCUGUACGAGGGCCGGGAAAAACCGGAAUCCCGCAACUCCAUCCACAACUUCAUGGCCCACCCAGAGUUCCUCAUCAACGACCUCAUCCACAACAUCCCACUGAUCGACGACACCGACGUGGACGACGAAUCAGAGCUCAGCAGAUACCAGCACCUGCACCCGGCCCUCCGCAAGCCACCGCC